AUGGGAAGGGGGAAGAUAACAAUUUCGAGGAUAGAAAACCGAACCACAAGGCAAGUCACUUUUGCAAAACGGCGGGCUGGCCUGAUCAAGAAGACUCAUGAGCUUUCUGUGCUGUGUGAUGCUCAGAUCGGUCUUGUCAUCUUCUCAAGCACUGGGAAGAUGUUUCAGUACUGCAGUGAGUCUUCAAGGUGA